UAUGUAUUAUGCAAUAUUGUUUUGUGUUAUUAUUGUGUUGGUGUGAAUGGUUGGGCCUUGUGAACUGUAGAUAUUUACUCAAUUGUUUAGUCACACUCACACUUCUACGUUAAAUUACAAAUGGCAUUAAAAUUUGGAUAUUAUACAACAUUAAAAUAAGGAUUAUUUGAAGUUUUAGUAUACGGACAGAGGGACAAGGUUGGAGACUUAUUAGUGUGAGUAAUUUUAAAUAUAUUUUUAUAAUAAUAUAUUUUACUAGCUGUUCCGUUCACUUUGUUGCGCAUUCAUAUUUAGGAUAAUAAUUAAAUUAUAUUCCAUUAACUUAGAUAAGUAAGAUUUUCCGAAAAAAGAACUUUAAAAACAAAUUCAAAUUUUACAUAUCAACAGGUGUAGCCAGGAGGCUUAGAGAGUUAGAUAUAUCCCCACACUAUGGAACGUGUUUACUUAGGUAUGUAUAAUAUUUUACAAUUUUUGUGUUAACUAUAUAUUUCCAGUUAUUUCUUCCAUUCCUGAAAGAAAUAAGAAUGGUUUCUUUACUGAAAACCUAACCUAACCGUAUGAAAAAAUGUCUUAAGUGGGCGGGCUACUACCAAUAAAAAAUGUUUGAUACGGGCAAAAACUACUUUGUAAUAUACAUAAAGAGAAUGGUUCAAAAUGUAUAUUACAACUAUUUUAUCAUAUUCAUAUUUAAAAUAGAUUAAAAUGUGUAAAACAAAAGUUUUUUGAUAAAUAAUUUAAUUAAAACGAUGGAGAUCUUAUGUAUACAAACAAUAAACGUUAUAAAUUAUAAUAUAUCUGUUAACCAGUUAUAAAUGUUCUCAGAGGCUAGUUGCUUAAAAAUAAAUUUAAAGGUAAAUAAUAAGCUAAUUAUUACUAUUUUAGGCACAAACCGUUCACUGCAAACUAAUAUAAACGAGGGGGGGGGGGAGGAUCAUCAAAAUCUUGAUAAAAAAUAUUCCGGCAAAAUAUUGAACCGGGUAAUUUUUAUCCCUUAGAAAAUGAUCUAAUAGGUAUUGCCGAUUCAAUAGUUUACCGUUCAACAUUUUGCCGAAAUUAUUCAUUCUAGAUUUUGACCCAUGUAAACAUUUUAUUAUCUGUACUAAUUACCGUGUUGACGGUUGACCACGAAUUAUGAUACAUAGGAAAUAGGAAUACGCUACGAGCACUUAUCAGUUGUUAUACCUAACUUUUGCGUUCUUGAUAAUUUGAACUAACAGUUAGCGCUUGAAUGUGACUGGCGAUUUUUGUACUAUAUUCUGUCAAUCUUCUUCAUGAAAAGUCAGUGCUGAAAAAAACGCUGCCAGUGAGGAUUUUGAUUAUGGUUAGACAAUUUAUAACACGAGUAAAAAUAUAAUACAUAUUAUUAAUAACGAAUUCGUGAUUUUAGAUUUAUAUCAUAAUGAAUGCAAGGGAUUUAUGUAAUACCUACUAGUCAAUUUUAAUUUAGGUAAGUACAUUAAAUACCUAACGUCACUUGCCAGUAUAACCUAUUUCAACUGUUCAUUGUCCCUUAGGUAAAUUAUAGAUUCGAUUAAAUUAAAUAACAUCAGAAUUAAUAAAUACAGUUACUAAGUACAAAUAUGCAUUAUUUGACUAAUUUGAUCACUUAUAAUACAAUUAUUUUUUACAUGACCAUAAUUUAUUAAUUAAUAUUAUUAUUAUAAAAUAUUUAAUACUAAAAGUUCUAACCAAUACUACCAAAUCUUCAUCUAAACUGAAUAGUUAUUGUUCGUGGGAAACGGUUUAACUUUUCGAACACACGAAAAAUGCUUGUCAUUAUAUUACAAAUUACAGGACUACUUGUAAAUGUAUUCAAAAGUGAAUUAAAAUAUUUUUGAGUUAAUUAAAUUUUAUUUUUCCUACAUUUUCUAGAAAAAUGCCUAUACGCUGCUCCUUAAAUACGAGGGGUAGAUGGUAGUACAUCCUUUAUUUUAGAAAAUAAAUUGGGAUUUUUUAUUUGCCAUGGGACAUGGCAAAUGCAAAUAAAAAAGAAACAUUAAGGUGCUUGUAGCGCUCCUAUUAUUUUAUAUGUACUUGUAUACCAAUUAUCGAUGUGCGUACAAGGAACGCUAAAAUGUUACAUUAGUACAAUAUUAAAUAUUAUAUAUACUUGUCAAUAUAACUAAAACAUUUUAAAACAAUUAAAAUUAAAAUUAAACAAUUUUCCGGAUAUAUAAAUACAUAUUUCUAAAUUGUAUUGAUAAUAUAUUUCAAUCAUGCAUGCUACAGACUAUAAUAAAAGAAAGAUAAUAUUGAGUAUUGACGUCAUGCUACUAUAAAUGAUUUGUCUCCUAGACUCCUUAUCUAUUUUUUGUACAGUUAUCGUUAGUUUUUGUGGGGCAGCACCGCUACAAUAGAUAUUUAUUGUUGUGGUAGCGGUAGCUUUAUCAUAAUAUACCUAUUACCAUCUUGGGAGUAAUAAUAAUUGCGAUCUUGUCGGUAUAAAUUUAUUGAAAUUUAUUUAUUUAUUUACUUUUCUGUUAUCCAAUCAAUUUAUAGUUUUAUACAUUUGCUACUUUACUGUAAAUUUAUUUUUUAAUUUUAAAACUAUUAACAAUAUCUAUUGAAAUUGAACCAAAGUCGAAAGGUAUUGUGUACUGUAUAUUGAGGAACUGGUGUACAAUUCUUAGUACCUACAUAUUUAUAAAUAAAUUAAGUCGUGCAGUUUUAUUUUAUAAUAUAUAGUCUGUAAUUAAAAUUAUCUAAUCAAAUGAAAAAUAAUGAUUAUGAAAGAUUAGGUAGGUACUGCGUAAAUCAUAUAAUAUGAUGAAUAUAUAAUAAAUUAAUGACCAUGACAAAAUAAAUUUAUCUAACCUAACGUUCAAUGUGCUUACAGAUUUGUAAUGUUUGUGAUUAUUUAAUUCGAAUAUUAAGUGGAAUUUAAUUUAACAACAAUAAAUUGCCUUAUAAUGAAACUAAAAGUCACGGCUGAAGAAAAAGUUAACCUUAUUAAACCACUAUUACCAAAAACUUCAAAAAUAUCAAAAUGGAAAAAUAUGACCAUACUUAGCCUACUAGCAAUUAUUUUGUUGGUCGCCGCUCAGUCAAUAAUUAUUCAAAAUUUAAAAACUCAUAAUAAAAAGAAAAUUGAUACAAGUUCAGAUUAUGCCACAAAUAAUUACUGUUCAGUAAUUUCUGAUGAUUAUAAAUUUGAUUGUUUUCCCAGAGGAAAGGCUGAUCAAAAAAGUUGUGAAGCAAGAAACUGUUGUUGGUUACCUAGUACUCCAAAUUCUCAAAUACCAUGGUGUUAUUAUCCUUCAAAUUAUAAUAACUUUAAUGUUAUUAAUGUGACUAAGUCCAGAAAUGAAAUAGUAGCAUUUUUCAACUUAACAACAAAUACUAAUUAUAAAGAUAAUAUCAAACUACUAUGCAUGGAUAUUUCAAUACACAAAGCCCAACGUCUACGUAUUAAGGUAAUAAAUAAUAAUCAUUAUUAUAGUACAAUGCAGUUUCUUACUAUUUUUAUUUAGAAAUUUAGUUUGAAAAAAAUUAAAAAGUAUACUAUACUAUGUUUAAUGAAAAACAAGCUAAUUCUGCAUAAUAUGUAGAACACUUAUGACAGUAGCAAUAUAAUAAUUCGAAUGUUAAAAGCUGGCCUAUUUUUUUUGGUAUUCACUAUACCUACAACAAAUAUAAUAAUACACUUACUAAUUUUACUGGAUUGUUUUUGUAUAAUAUUGUUUUAUUAAUUGUUUGAUUGCUUAAUUAAUUAAUUUAUUGUUGUAAUGGAAGCUUGAUCAAUUUAUGAAUUUAAUGCAAAUAAUUAACACGACUAUGAUUAAGUAUUCUUUUCCUUUGCCUUCAUUCCAACUAUUUGGAACUAGCCAUCUUUGUUCUAAACUUCCCUUAUCCCACCUCGUUUAUACCUGCUGUCCUUAUGUCAUUCUUAAUCACAUCAAACCACCUCUUUUAGGGCAUUUCUCAUCAUUUCUUUUUAUCUGUCAGAAUCUUGUUGAGAACUCUUCAUAUUGUUUGAUAGAAUUUUACACUAGCUCUCGACCUGAUGCAACCUAAUUUGUUGCCUCUCACAACAGGUAAAGGUACUUUGAGAGGAUUCAGAUCCCCUCCCGCAGGAAAGACUAUAUGAUUAUGAAUAACAUACAACUGGACUAAAUCACAGACUGUUUGUAUAGUAUGACAUUCUGUGAGUGAGCAGCUCUCUUACACCGAAAGGUUCUACUUUAUGCUACCUUUGAUGUAACAACUAGAUAUUUGUAUAAACACUGAAAAUUGUAUCCUUAUAAUGAUAUUGGUAGUACAAGGCUAAUAAUGAAACACACAAAUUAUACACAUACGUACUUACAGUGUUAGAUAUCUAAUAUAUUAUUUACAUACCCAUUUCAACAAUUGUUGUUUAGAUUUAUGAUCCUGAACAUAAACGUUAUGAACCACCAUAUCCUGAAAUACCUGUACUUAAACCAGAUAAAUCUAAUACUAACAAAUCAUUAAUGUUGGAUUAUGAUGUUGAAUUAUCUGAAAAUAAAUUUGGAUUUGCAAUUCGAAGGACAAGUGAUAAUGUAACUAUGUAUGUAAUUAUGAAAUGUUUAUUUAUCAUAGAUUAUCUUAGUAUUUUUGUUUUAAAAUAAAUUUAGAUUUGACAGUCGGAAUAUUGGAGGUUUUAUUUACUCUGAUCAAUUUAUUCAACUAUCAGCAUUAUUACCGACCAAAUAUAUAUAUGGUUUAGGAGAACAUAGAACUAAUUUCAUGCUUGAUAUGAAUUGGAAAACAUAUACUUUUUUCAAUCAUGACACCCCUCCAACAAAUGAUGUAAGUUAAUGUUCAGCUUAUGAUGCAAUCUAUUAAUUGUUUAGUUUUAUUUAGGUAAAUGGAUAUGGUACACAUCCAUUUUAUUUGUUAAUAGAAAAUUCAGGAAAAAGCCAUGGAGUUUUUUUAUUAAACAGUAAUGCAAUGGGUAUGUAAAUAGUUAAUGUCUUAAAAUAAUAUGAAUUAGGUUUUUCCUGCACUAGGAUUGGAACUGUUUUGAACUAAGAUGUGCACAGAUUUUAAACUAUACUUAAACUUCACCAGGCUAGAACAGUUUUUCAUCAGUGCACGUGCAUAUUUGGUCCAUUAUAAACUUUUAUGAAUUAGAAUAUAAUUGCAUUCAUAUGUGUUGUAUAAAUAAUAUACAUAAAUUACUGAAGAAUUUAUUUCCAAAGUCAACUGUAAAUUUUAAUACAUUCAUAUAUAUUAUUAAUUUAUUUUUAGAUAUUGUGUUGCAACCAACACCAGCAAUAACUUACCGGACUAUUGGUGGUAUAUUGGAUUUUUAUUAUUUUUUGGGACCAACGUCUUCAGAUGUUAUAGUUCAAUACACAGAAGCAAUUGGUAGACCAUUUUUACCUUCUUAUUGGACAUUAGGAUUUCAUUUAUGUCGGCAAGUGUUUUCCUAUAAAUUAUUGAAUUUUGGAACUAAUUAUUUUAACAAUAAUGACUGAAAGUAUCAUUCUUAAAUAAUUAACAUAAUUAACGGAAAUUAUAAAUUGAUGUCUGCAUUUCUUAUCUACUCAAUUAAAUCAGGAGUUGAAUUUAAUAUGUUCAUAAGCUUUUAAAAUUAUUUUUAUACCUACCUAAAAUAAGUUCAUUGUACACAUGACAUACUAAUAAAUAUAAGUUUAAUUUUUAGGUAUGGACAAACAUUCAAAGAACUUAUUGAUGUACACAAUAGAACUGUAAAUGCAGGAAUUCCUUGGGUAAAUUUGUAUUAGUAGAUUCCAAAAUAUAUUGGUAUUGAUUUGACCUGUACAAUUUUUACAUUUUUAGGAUACACAUUGGAAUGAUAUUGAUUAUAUGCAACAUAGAAAUGAUUUUAGUUUAAGUGAUAGUUUUAUUGAUCUUCCUAAGUAUGUUAAUUAUUUACAUGAGGUAAUAUAUAUUAUAUAUGUACAUUAUUUUUUUCAAUGUACCUAAUUUACUUAUCACAUUAUAUUGUUAUGUAGAUUGGAAUGCAUAAUGUUCUUAUUUUGGAUCCAGGAAUAUCUUCCCGUGAACCUAAAGGAACAUAUUUACCAUAUGAUGAUGGUUUAGAAAAUGGAAUUUUCAUUAAAAAUGCUUCAGGUCUUCCACUUGAAGGCCAAGUACAUUAUUACUGUUUUAUAAAACCAUUAAUUCAAAUGUAUAUCUCUUAUAGUAAUUACUUUCUAGGUGUGGAAUAUUAAUGGAGGUACAGUAUUUCCAGAUUUCACUAAUCCGAAAUCAGUAAAUUACUGGAUUAAUCAAAUAUCCAACUUUCAUACAGUUCUCCCUUUUGAUGGUUUAUGGAUUGUUAGUCAAUAAUAUGUUUCUUUAUUGUUAUUAUUAUUAUUAAUCUUUAAAUUAUUAAUUUAAAUCAAAUAAUUGUUUGUGAUAAAUUGUAGGAUAUGAAUGAACCAUCAAAUUUUGUUAAUGGUGAUUGGCAAGGUUGCAUUUUUAACAAUUCUGAUCAUUGGGAAAAUCCUCAAUAUACGCCUAAUGUCGCUGGUGGAAAAUUAAACUACAAAACUAUCUGCAUGUCUGCUAAACAGCAUAUUGGACUUCAUUAUGAUGUACAUAAUCUUUAUGGUCUUUCUGAAGCAAUAACAACUCAAUUGUACGAUUUAAGUAAUAAUAUUACAGUUAUACAAAAAACAAUGUAUUUGAUAAAUUUGUUUGAUUUAAGGAUCCUUUUAAAUAGCACAAUUUAACAUUAAUCAUUUAAUAAUAAUUACCAAGAAAUUAGAGUAUUAUGUAAAACAUGAUAUUAAUAACAUUAAAAAAAUAAAAUUAAUACACAAACUAACAAAUGCAGGACUAUUUAAUGCUCAUUUAUACUUUAAUAUCUUACUGUUAACUUCGGUGUAAUGAUUAUUUACUAAUGAAUUUAAUAAAUAUAUUUGUUUAUAACUAGUGCAUUAUCAGUUGUUAAAAAUUCAAGACCUUUAGUUAUAUCAAGAUCAAGUUUUGCUGGCUUAGGGCAUUUUUCUGGUCAUUGGACUGGAGAUGUAUAUUCUACUUGGGACGAUAUGAAACAAUCUAUCACUGGUAAUAACAUUAAUAAUUUAAAAUGUAUUGUGAAAUAAAUUUAAUUUAUCAAAUUUUAGAUAUUAUGCUUUUCAAUAUGUUUGGUGUACCACUUGUUGGAGCUGAUAUAUGUGGUUUUAAUGGUAACACUACAGUUGAACUUUGUUCACGAUGGAGUCAAUUAGGUGCCUUUUAUCCGUUUUCAAGAAAUCAUAAUGCCGAUAACUGUUUUGUAUGCAUUUUUAAUACAUAUUUUGUGUAUAUUAAUAUAAUUUUGUAUAUAACAGGAUCAAGAUCCUGUAGCUUUAGGACCAUUAGUUGUAGAAUCAGCUAAAAAAUCAUUGUUAAUUCGAUAUUCUUUAUUGCCAUAUUUGUAUUCAUUAUUUUGGAGAGCAUAUAUUUACGGAGAAACAGUUGCACGCCCCUUAUUUUUUGAGUAAGUUUAUACUAAAUUUUACUUAUCAAAUUAUUAAUGAUACUAAAACCAAUUUGUUAAGGUAUCCAUAUGACAAAAACACUUACAAUCUUGAUACACAAUUUUUAUGGGGAUCUGCUCUACUAAUUUCACCAGUUUUAAAAGAGGUUUGUUUAUUUAAAUUCAAUUUAAAAUAGGUAUUAUUAUAAUGUCUAUAGUCUGUAAAAUAUAGAAUAUUACAAAGCACCUAUUUUGUAUGUUUUUUUUUUAGUAAUAUAUCAUAAAAUAAUAAAAUUUGAUGUUGUCUUAAAAUGUUAUUGUUUACAUAUUUUAGAAUCAAAUUGAAUUGAACAUUUAUUUACCUAAAGAUAUAUGGUAUGAUUAUUAUUCUAAAACUUCAACAUUAAGCAAUGGAUCUUUUUUUACUGUAAAAGCUCCCCUAGAUACUAUUCCACUUACAAUACGAGGUGGAUAUAUUUUACCGAUUCAAGAUCCAUCUACUACCACUACAUUGAGGUAUACUUAAUUUUUGUCAACAAUUUUAACUACGAUUACAAACAAAUUUUAUUUAUUUUAUAUUAACUUGUUAAUCUAAUAAAUACAAUUAAUAUAACUGUCAUUUGAAUUAAAGUCGUAAAAAUCCAUUUGGAUUAUUGGUUGCACCAAACAAAAAUAAAGAAGCAUUUGGAUAUUUGUAUUGGGAUGAUGGCGAUUCUCUAAGUAAAUACUAAUAUUAUUAUCCUCAAUUUUUAUAUUAAAUUUUGAGUGUUAAUUUAUGUUUUAAGAUGUGUGGGAAAAUGGGUUGUACAAUGAAAUCCAUUUCAAACUCAACAACAACGUAUUAUUAAAUGAAGUCAUUAUAAAUAAUUAUUCAGAUGAAAAAACUAUUUUACAACAUAUCACUAUCUUUGGUGUACAAAAUAAACCAACAAAUGUUCAAGUGAAUGGAGACUUAUAUAGUCAUUUCUUCUAUAAUAAUACUGAAGAAGUAAGAAUCUAUUUGUUUAUAUUAUGGUUUAAUUUUAGAUUCUAAAUAGAACAUAGAAAACAAUAACCUUUUUAAAAUACUUUUUGGGAAGUAAAUUUAUUAUUUAAGUUUAAUUAUAGUUUAUUAAUUAGAAUUUGUAUGCAUGGCAAAUUCAUAUAUUUAACAAUGUACAUUAGGGUGUUCCUUAAUUUAAAAUUUUAAAAUAUGUUUUGUCUCACCUCUAUAUACAUGUGUAUAUGUAUAAAAAUGAACUACAAAAAAUUUCAGGCCAAUCGGAUAAAGUAAACCCUUGCCAACUUGAACUUAAAGUUUGAAUUAGAUACAUUUUUCAUUUCAUUUUACAUUAUUUUAAACAUUUCUGUAAAUAUUUCAUUAACUGUUAGAAAUAUCGACAUUUUUUGCAUAUCUCAUACCGUUCAAAACUGUUUGAUAAAAUAGAUAUGUUUGAAAAUUUAACAGGAAGUUCAUUAUAAGUUGUACUUAGUGAUUUUCAAGAAAACGUUGAGUUAAAUGCAGUAUCUAUUUAAGAUUGGGUGCUAUUGGUUUUACUAAGAUGUUUUUUUUCUUCUAAUCUGUGGACACAUUUUUUCCUAGUAAACUUAGUUUAUGUGUAGCAACUUUUUUGAAAGCUUAAUUUGUCUAGAUGGUACUUUAAAGAGGUCAUUUUUGAUUUUCAACGCCAUUUUUUAAAUAAAAGUACAGAAUGGUGUUUUCAAAAAAAAAUAAUUUAAUCAAUUAAAUGACAAGACAUCUUUUUUGUUACUUUUUUGAUUUACUUUCUUAUGGUAUCAUCGCCAAAACUUUUGAGCUUUUAAGGAGUUUUAAUUUUUGGGAGUUUUUUUGCUGUAAUUCAGUUAUAAAAUUUCCAAAAUCAUCGGAUGACUAAAAUAAAAUGAACUGAAAUAAAAUCUAAAUGAAAAUUGUAAAAAAAAUUAUGGCACUUCAAAUUAUGUAUUACCGAACUGUGCUUGAAAUCGUCUUUCGUCAAACAAUAGUUUACCGUUGUUUACAGAUAUAAGUGAAAUAACCUUAUGUAUCCUACCAUCUUAACUUCUCACCCACAAUAGUAGCUGCUCCCAGUAUCAAAGUAUUUUUUUUUUUUUUUAAUUUUAAAUUGUACAACGACAGUUAAAGGUUAGACUUUCACUAAACAAGUAUCACGAUCAAUAAUUAUUGUAACAAGCCCCAGAUUUAUACUGUUCUAUCUGUUUACUAACUAAUCAAUUGAUAUUUAUGUACGGAAAUAUAAAGAAAUGAUUAUGUGAAAAAGAUUAUAUAAAUACAAUAUUCUUAUUAACAUUAUAUUUGUAUUAUGUUAUAAAAUCAUUAUAACCAAUACAAUUAUUUAUUAAUAAUGCCUAUCUAUAAAAAAAUACGAAAAUUGUGUUUUUAUAUAAUAAAGUCGGUGUACUUCAUGAAUGGUAUGAGAUAUGAAAAAAAUUAUUUCUUUAAAAGUUAUAGGGAAAUUUAAUUUACUUUAAAAUAUUCGAGAUGAAAAAUGUCAAUAUUUCUAACAGUUAACGAAAUAUUUACAGAAAUGUUGACAAUUUUCGAAAAUAGUAAAAAAUGUAUCUAAUUCAAACUUUAAGUUCAAAUCAGUAAUCAGUUAUCUGAUUGACAUAAAAAAUUGUUUAGUUCAUUUUUAACAUAAACACACGUAUAUAUGGGGUGAGACCAAACAUAUUAUGAUAUUAUUUUUUUUCAUCAUAUUUAGAAACACCCUAGUUUCCAUUGACAGUUACCAUUGAUAGUGCAUAUUUAUGAGAAUAUUAUUAUUAAUAUUAUUCAGUUUGUUUACACUUUUGUUGGUAUAAAAAUGUCCGUGUUUAUUAAAAUAUUCGAUUUACAUUGUAUUUUUUUUUGUUUAUAGGUUUUUUACUUAUCAUCUUUAAACUUGGACAUGAAUAUGGUUUUCAAUAUAUCGUGGACUUAAAAAGCUAAAUUUACUUUUAUUACAACUGAUAAAAAAUAUGUAUAAAUAAUUGUAUACUAUCAUGAUUAAUAUUUUAUAUUAUUAUAACUUAUUUUACUAGCAAUAUUUCUCAAAAUUAUAAUUUUACUUUAUAAAUUGAAAAAAUAUAAGUAUUGUGUAAUUUAAUUUGAAUAUAAUGAAUCCUUUUAAUUAACUCUAUAAAAUUAUUAUUCAAACUAUUUAACAUAAACAUUUUUCUCUGAUUAAUAUAUUUCAGUUAUUGAAAAUUAUACAAAAAUAAGAAUGAGAAAUAUAAAGUUACUGUGCAAAACAGCGAGAGACCAGUUAAUUAUACUUUGGCCAUUGACUCGGCUUUUGUCUGGAUGAGGCCAGACAACAUUGUUUGUCAUCUAAUUAUCUAAAUGUAAAAUAAUAUAAUUAGAGUUGCUGAGGGUUCAAAAUGUGGUGUCCAUACAAAUGUUUCUAUUACGGACCAGGUUCUUGACAGAUAAGGGUAAUCUAAGUUGUUUAUUUUUUACUGGGUUAUUAAAAUAACAAAUUCUUUUAGAAAGGAUUUCCUUUUGAAUGUAAAAUUAAACAUAAGAUUAUUAUUUUUUCAUAACUGUAUUUGAUAAUUUGAUUAGGUAAUAUGAAAAAAAUAUUUUUAACAGUAUCUGAACCAGAUACCUACAGCAACUCUAAUUAUUACUAUACAAUAAUUAUUUAUUCAUUAAUACUUGUAUAAAAUUAGCUUAUAUUAAGUACUUAAUCACAAUCAUAAUUAAAUUAAUAUAUAUGAACAUAAAUUUAUAUAGUUAAUUACAUAUUCUAAGCCAAUAUAGAAAACGAUUUCAUUGUGUAAUUUCAAAUUGAAAUAAUUUAAUUUAAUUUAAAUGUGAAAGUGGAUUUAAUAAAUAUAAAAAUUAUUUUUAUAUAUUUUAAUAAAUAACUGUAUUAUUAAAAACCACGUAUACAAUGUUAGUACAAUGAUAUUAGUUACAAUGUUAUACUUGAAGGUAAAAUGCAUUGUGCAUAUUAACUAUAUAAAAUACUAAAUACAUUGUUUUACUCAUUAACUUUUCUUACAAUAAAUGUAUAUUUGUUGUAUUUUUUUUUUAUUCAAUCAUUUUUUAUCUAAUAUGUUGUCUUACGACACAUCUAACUGCAUAUAAUGAAGAUAUGUUUUUAAAGAUUAACUAAUAAAUGUAAGAUUUUUAAAACUACUGAUAUUAGACAAAUAUUUAUUUUGUGGCUUAGAUUUUUAGAGCUGAAUUAUUUUAAUGAAUAUUGGUAAAAAAUUGAUAAACAAGUAUAAAAUUUGUUUGAUGCAACCACCCAAAUAUAUUUCAAUAAAUGUUAUUGAAAUAUUUUGAACAGUCAAAUUUUUUCAAAUUAUUCCUAAUUGAAUGUUAAAAAUCCACAUGAUUAACAAUGAUGAAAACUAUGAAAAAAAAAAAUAAUAAUAAAAAAAAUAUUUUCAAAUUUAAUUUUUAACAUAUUUUUGUAACUUAUAUUGCAAAAUAUUGAAACAAAAAAAGCCUUUAAAGUAAAGAAAAAAAUAUAUUUAAUGUUCAUGUCAUACAACUAAAUUAAUUUUGUAAUAUUUUAAUAAUAAUACCAAAACAAUUGAGACUAAUUCAAAUUAUAUACAAUAUAUUUAAUUUUUUUAAAACAAUAGCUCUAAAAAUCAGGAACUUUUUUCAAGCCACAAAAAUUAUUAAAUAAAAACAAAAAAAGAAAUUGUUAAAAAUAAAUUUGGUUCUACAACAUUCAAUUUAUAUUUGUAGUUUCUAACCAAAAACAACUUUCUUUUCAAUGAUGCAUUUCAACAGUCUUUUUGAAAAAAUGUAUAAUAACCAUUAAAAUUAUAUUUUUAAGGUAAUAAACAAUUUACAAAUAUAAGUUAAGAAGACAAUAUCAAUUGUUAUAUCAUAAAAUAAAUAAAUACAUAAACAAACAAUGCAUCAAGAUAACUGCAUCAAGGAUCAUCU